AUGUUCCCUAUAAAUGAUCCAGAAAUUCACUUCAAAGUUAUUUUUUUUUAUCAAGUUUUGGAUACAGGUAUUCAGUCAAUAAUUGAAAGAUUUGAUAAGCUAUCUGAGCAUAACAGUUUAUUUUCGUUCUUAUAUAACAUAUCAAUAAUUGAAGAUGAAAAUGAGUUGUUAAAACACUGCAAGGAUCUACAACUUUCUCUCACUUCUAACGACGGUUUAAACACAGAUAUUAGUGCUGUAGAAUUACAUCAAGAAAUUAUCGCAUUUAAAAGAUGUUCAAGGACUGAAAAGAGUGAUCCACUCAAGGUUUUGGAAUACAUAUGUAAAAGGAAAAUAGUGGAGCUUUUUCCUAACGUCGUCACAGCACUUAAGAUCUUACUGGCAAUACCUAUAACUGCAGCUAGUAACGAAAGAUCAUUUUCAAAACUGAAAAUUAUUAAAAACUAUUUGCGGUCCCAAAUAUGUCAAAUGCGCUUAGUUGGUCUGGCAGUUCUUUCAAUUGAAAAGGAUGUAUCAAACAAAUUGGACACGGAAGAAAUAAUAGAAGAGUUUGCAACAUUAAAAGCCAGAAAAAUAAAAUUUAUAUAA